UGCCAAGGUACAAAACAAUACGCAACUGCAGGCAUCGGUACUGUCCUGCUGACGCAUAUAUUCUAGAAGAAAGAUCAGUGUGGAGAAUUGCCGUACCGUGCGAGUAGUGUAGAUUAAUGCUAAAAAACCCCGAUUCCUUGGGGAUGGUUUAAUAUUUGUGUGUUAAAAAUGUGACACAUCCAUGGCGCGAGUAUUCCAGUGCACAGUUAAAGUGCUUGAUGAUCAGGCUGAGGCUGUUGUCGUCGAUUUUAAGAAGGAUGCCAAGGGCCAGUACUUGCUUGAUGAGGCCUGUAGCCGACAGAACCUGGCUGAAAAGGACUACUUUGGCCUACGCUUUAUCGAUGGAGAAAAACAACGGCAUUGGCUUGACCUUAGGAAAAGCAUUGUGAAACAGCUCAGAGGCACUGGCCCACCGUACACCGUGGUGUUUCGCAUCAAGUACUACCCAACAAACCCGGAAGACCUGAAAGAAGAAAUCACGAAGUACCAGCUGUUCUUGCAGCUCAAGAAGGAUUUGUUGCACGGACGGCUGUCUUGUACCAGUGAAGAUGCAGCCUUACUGGGAUCCUACAUUGUGCAAUCCAACCUGAGAGACUAUGACCCAGAGGAACACCCACCGGGCUAUGCAUCAGGGUUUCAGAUUGUCCCCAAGCAGACGGUGAAAGUGGAGGAACGAAUCGAGGAGCUGCAUGAGAAGCACACUAGAGGACUGAAGCCCAGCGACGCAGAGUUUGCCUUCAUUAAGAAAGCAUUCAGCCUUGAAACAUACGGGAUUGAUCCUCAUCCUGUGCGGGAUAUCUACGGCACUUCUCUGCACAUUGGCAUGAACCACACCGGUCUCUUGGUGUUCCGAGCUAACGCUGUGGUGGAAACAUUCAAAUGGGACGACAUCAAGAAGUUCAGCUACGAGGGACGGACCUUCUUCAUCCAUGCUUUAAUAUCAGAGAGACGAGUGAAUCAUGGCUUUAGGUUACCAACAUCAGCAGCUACAAAACAUCUCUGGAAGAGUGCUCUAGACCUCCAGGCUUUCUACAAUCCGGGCAUCCAGCGUCGUAGAUCAUCAAUACUAGGAUUUAGGCGGUCCAGCGAAGUAACUACCCAUACCUCUGGUGGCUUCUUCAGAGGCAGUCGAUUCAGAUUCAGUGGUCGCACACAGCGAGAGGUUCGUGAGAAGAGUGCCAGUUUGAGUAGGGAGGAGCCAACGUUUGCUAGGAGUCCACCUCUGAUCAGACCUCGCAGGGCACAGUCCUUCAAGGAUACAGCAUUACAUCCACCCAGUGACAUCACAUUUGAUGGUUUUCCCCAGCUCUCUGGGUCUGAUCAUUCCACCCCCAUCAAGGUUACGGAACCAUUCAUGACCUACGCCCCUGCCCCUCCCGACAGCACCGACGAUUCGGACAUGCAUGCUGACAUCGAGGACGCCAUUGAUAAUGUCACGCCGAUCAUCGAAGAGGAGCCCAUUGAGCUGCCAAUUGAAGAGGAGACAGAGGAGGCCGUCCUGAGCAGUGAACAGGCAUGGCCGGAUCCAGACCUGCCCAGCAAUCACGUGGAAGAGGUGCAGGAAGCUCCCAUGCCGGAACCAAAAGAACCUCGGCAGUCCGGAGCCUGGACAGUUGUCAAGGUCACCCUCAUGUGCACAGUCCUUGUUCUCGUCAUAACAGCCACUAUGCUGGUCAUCCUGUACGAAACUGAUCACAUCCCAACCCUGGAUCCCCUCCGACGUGACCAGUCUGUCAGAGACUUCUGGGAGGCCUACUACGUCCCCGUCCGUGCCUGGAUAGAAGGUGGGCUAGAACAGAUCGGACUGGCUUACCACCAGCUGCCAUCGAUUCAAGAGCUGAAGGGUCGCGUCGGUAUCAAUACAGACACUUGAUCACUGACCAGUUCAGGAUAGGCUGCUGAAAAAGACACAACUUGUAUGGAAACGUCAACCUCUCCAUUCACAGUAAGUCACUGUAUUGACAAAGAUCUCACUUCAGCACAUAAGAAGAUUGAAACGUCUUGAAAAUGGAUUAUAUCCCUAUUCAGGUAAUGUUUGCAAAUGCGUGCAUGGUAGGUGUUUGAAUAAGGUUUUAGAACAGUCCCGAAAUGACUGAGAGUUUUUAAGUGGUAGCACUCAUUCAGAGUGUUAUAAAAUCAGUGAGACAAAUUUCCAAUAAAAAUAUAAACAUUCUGUAUAGAGUACUUUACCUGUAAGUUAUGAAAAUGAUUAUGAAGAAGUCCUCGAUGCUGAACUACAUGUAGAUGGAACUUCACCUGUUUUCUCCUGCCAAACUUCAGGUUUGUGCUAGUAUUCAAUUUAUCUUGAUUGCAUAAUAAAAUUGGAGACCUCGUUGAAUUGCUUGAAUCAUGAAUAACUAAUUGUAGAAAGUGUGAUGUGCUCCAUGUAGCUCUGCGUAAGAGGCCUGAAUGAGAUGAUGUUUCAACUUUCAAGGAUAUUUGCUCAUUUUUCCAGGGAGUAAUGAUGACUGUACAGCUCUUUGAUGCUCUAGAUUAGGAAGUCGUGGUAGUGAAUAAACACUGAUUGUUUACGAUUAUCCUUUUUUUGUCUUUUACAAAAUGCGGUGAGACUUUUGAUUGCCGUUCAAGUGCAGUGGUUCAGACCGUGAUGGGACUGGCUAACGUCCACCUUCUGAAAACGGGAAACUGACAGAAAGCUUUUAACUCUCCAUUCACCACAGUGAUGAAUUCUGUUAUUUUCAGAAUUCUAUGAUUGUGAAAAAUUAGUCAGCCAGAUUAAUUGGCAGGUUUAAACAAGUGUUUCAGAGUUCAAUCCAUUUGUGUAUGUGUAUCAUUACAGUAUACCUGCUCUUCCCUAGUAUGAUGAACUUUUAGAAGAAAUUUGGAACACAAACAAAAAAGUAACAUGAAAACAGCAAAAAAGGAGGCUGUUUCAGUUAAACUAUUAUUGCAGAAGUUUAGCGUUCAACACCUGGAUAUCCACGUUGAUCCAGCGUAAAUUGGUACAUGUAGUUUUCCACUACCAAGUUCAGUGACAUUCAUCCCAAAUACCGGUAGUACCUACUCAUCUGACAAUCAGAAUUUGGUUGUGAUUGUAAAACUCCUACAAAGCUUUACAGUAAUCUCUUUGUAGGGGAUAAAAUGCAAGGUUGACCGAAUCAGGGCAGGACAUUGUCAGCUUCCUUGAUUUCUAACUUUGUGUUUUAAGUGGAUUAUGCACCACACGUACAUGUAUAUUGUCAUAUGUUACGCUUGCAUGUAUUUGACGAAGAAGCCAGCUAUGGAACUGAACCCCCCCCUCCAAAAAAAAGAGACUCGUCCAUCAACACUUCCUUGCAUAAAUUGUGUCAAAUGUCUGUUUUGGUGUGUAAAAUUUGUGUUCAGAAGAGCUAGGGGUUAAGAUGAGAUAUCAUAUGUCGGUAUGUGCCAUUGACCAACAACAUACAUACAUGCACACGAACAAAAUGUGUCAAAUUGCUGUUUUUCCCAUGUUGGACUGAGGGCCUGACACCAGUUUUUAGAAACAAGGUUACCGCCCAUGUACAGAGCACAGUGUACAUGUAUGUAUAAUGUUUAUGUGUAGGAUGCCCAAUUGUGAACAUUCCCCGAAUAAAGACAAACAAGCAACAAGAAAGCUGCCCAAGGAAAAGUAAAGUCCAAUCUGCACUGACUAAAACUUCCAAACAGUGUAGCACAUUUUUGGGAGGCACGGUAACCAGCAUUGACUUGAAUUCCACAUAGAUAGAUGAGCCAUUGUAACUGCCAAAAUGGCCCCAUGGCCCAUUAUCUCUUCUUUUGUUUUCAGUUAGGGCAAGUUCAACAGUGUUGUCACUUCUAAACUUAGUUUCUGUACCCGGUGUAUUUUGUAUGAAUGAUUUGUGCAGACUGAAAUAUAAUAGAGUGCAAUUUCAGCAUGCUUGGAGGGAAAAAUCGGUUAACCCUAACCUU